CCCUCCCCCUACCUACGGGUGUGUUUCUGACAUUUGUAGAGUUCUAUUAAGUAGAUACAAAAUGACUAAAUCUCCAUAUGUAGCAAUCUUUGUCUGUGAACCCCCAAUGGAAGGUUACUCCGAAACUUAUGGGGAUUUUGGAGAUAAUGCAAGAGAACUCUUGGCCACAUCAUCUGAAGAUUGGACUUCACUGGAACGUACAGUGAAAUAUUUGGUUAGUUUUCGUGGUGAAUAUGAUUCAUACAAAGAUGAGCUUGAAGCUGUUCAUGCACAAAUCCGUGAAGAUGUUGCUUCUGGUCUCAUUCGUGGUGUUAUUAUGACCGGAUCAGUAUCAGACUCUUUCAAUACUUCAAUCCCAUGGAUCGCUGCCCUUGACCAAUUAAUUCAAGAAACUCUCUUACCACAUUCUCCUGCAAUUCCUUUAGUGGGGAUUUGCUUCGGUCACCAACUUCUAGCCAGACAUUUAGGCUGCAAAGUUGGUCGUAACUUACCUGAACAUGGAGUUGAAUGUGGUACAACAACUUUGGAUAUCAAUAAGUCGGAACUUCUUGCCAUUGAAGACUCACCAUUUGACGCCAAUUUACUUCAUGACAGACUUAAUAUUGUUGAAUUUCAUCAAGAUAUUGUAUACGGAUUACCACCCCCAGCACUGGUUGAUCUGCUCAAAACUCAAUUUGUCUGUCUUGGGUCAACUUCUAAAUGUGCCGUCCAAGGUAUUAUCACAUCAUCUGGUCCGCUCAAGGUUUUCACUGUACAAGGACAUCCAGAAUUUACCACCCCAGAGGCUCAUAGAUUACUUGAACUUGACUUAAAGAAGAAGUUAAUUGACCAAGCCCAAUUUGACAAGGUUACAUACAACACCAAAAGUUUGAACAAUCAAGGACCUGUGCUUGGUCUGGCUAUUGCAAACUUCUUAACCACUCAUGGUAAAUACACUUAGAGCUAAUUAAUUAAUUAUGAAUAG